AAGGUAGGUUAAAGUUAAUGUUUAAUACGUUGUUGUGUUUCCCCUGUGGCAGAGGUUCGACAGUUUGUCGAUACAGUCACAGGUUAACACUCAGAAGGAAAGAACGAGUCUGUGUUAACUUAGCUAGCAGGCUAAUUAAGCUGCUACUUUUAUGAAGUCACCGGAUCUAAUCAAAGUAAGCAGUAUUCUCGUGAUGUGAACAAAAGUAAAUUUGUUGGCAACCGUACUUUAACACCGUUUGAUCGGUUACCAACUCGACUCUCGUUCACAAACCGCCACCAUGUCCAUGUCCGGCGAGCGAGCACCUUUGUCAGCCGAGGGGAACAACUUGCUCCCGGGGAGCCGCACGACAUCCUACAGCAGCUUGGUUCAGUCUCCGGUAUCUGCGCUUCGCCAGAGAUGCAUUGAACACAAAGUUCAGCCAGGAGAGACUCUACAAGGCCUGGCUCUGAAAUAUGGAGUGUCUAUGGAGCAGAUCAAAAGAGCAAACAGGUUGUACACCAAUGACUCAAUAUUCCUGAGGAAGUCCUUGUCAAUCCCUGUGCUAACAGACUUGAAUGACUGCAGUAACGGGAUGGAUUUGGCUGCAGAGGACAGUGAAAAAGACAAUUCUUGUUCUACUCAAAAUGGGGACACUGAAAGCUCCUCAGACAACAAGCAAGAGGAUUGUAAAGACAGAGCAGCUGACCUCACUCCAGUGGACUAUUUGAAGAGGUUGGAUGACUUGAUAAGCCAGUCCAGCCAGGCUGCUGUUAGAGGAUGCCAGAAAGCAGAGAGCAGGGUUGCCGCCCUAGAUGCAGCUUGCACCAGCAGGACAUCAGAGUGGUGGCCUCUUACAAGGUCACAGGUUUCAUCUUCGAGAAUGCAGGUGGCACACAGGGCAAUACCCCUCACUGUCACCAGACUCACCAAGAAACUGAGAGAUAGGGAAGAUGAGAUCUUUGAGCUGUGACAAGUUUCCAUGUCCCACUCUGACCAUCACAAAAAUGUUUCCAGAAAGCCAUGUUGCAGGGUUUGACCUCCCAGAACACAGAGCAUUACAGAUAAAGGGACAGAUGUCUGAUGAGCCCCUGCUGCUAUAUGAACUUGAAGCCUAAAAGUCUUCUCAUGAUGCCAUUUAAUAUACUGUCAACCUUGUUAUGGGAAGAGAAAUGGCCUUUUAACAAGUCUUUUUGAAUGAAAAUCGCACUUGUGUAGCCCCUUAUUUAUUUGUUGAGACCUACUGUAGAUUAUGACCAUCUUUAAAUGGCCUGUAGCUGUUUGGUUUGUUUUCACAUGAUUGAGAUAAGAAUUAAAUUUAACUUCACAGGCACAUGUUUUAGUCACAUCACUGUUCAUCUGGUUACCUCAGGAUGUGGUUUGUGUGCAUGUGUAGUAAUCUGAUUUUUCUGAUUUACAUGUGUAUUUUCUACCUCACAGUCUGAUAACACCAGGUUUUCUGACUAAAACCUUGAGCCUUGUAAAGUACAAAAUACUUUUGUCCCUGCUGAAGAAUUUAAAGUUCAGUGUAGCC